UCGAUCACCGCACUAUACACAAUACGACCAUUAGCUAUUACUAGCUAGCUAUAUAUCCCUCCCUUGUUUCUUUCGAGCAAGAGCGAUGGAAACGGCGCCGGCCGCGAACGGUUGUAGUGGCGGCCGCCGGCUGCAGGAAGAAGAGCCCGCAGCUCGGUGGUGCGCGGUGACCGGUGGCCGCGGCUUCAUGGCGAGGCACCUCGUGGCGGCGCUGCUCCGCUCCGGCGAGUGGCGCGUGCGGAUCACCGACCUCGCGCCGGCGAUCACCCUUGACCCCGUCGAGGAGAAGGGGCUCCUCGGCGAGGCCCUCCGCGACGGCCACGCCGUCUAUGACUCCGUCAAUGUUUGCGACAUAACGCAGUUGACCAAAGCUUUUCAAGGGGUGGAAGUUGUUUUUCACACAGCUGCUGCAGACCCUGACAUCAACGACUUCCAACUACAUUACAAGGUCAAUGUUGAAGGGACAAAGAAUGUUAUUGAUGCUUGUGUAACGUGCAAGGUUAAAAGGCUGAUAUACACCAGUUCCAGUGGUGUUGUAUUUGACGGAGUUCAUGGCCUUUUUGAUGUAGAUGAAUCAAUGCCAUACCCAAACAAGUUUCCUGAUGCAUAUGCACAAAGCAAGGCAGAAGCAGAGAAGUUAGUGAGAAAUUCCAACGGCAUAUGUGAACUUCUAACUUGUUCCAUACGUCCUGGUAGCAUUUUUGGCCCUGGUGACACCAUUGUACCACAUUUACUUUCCCACUGGAGAACGAUGUUUAUUAUCGGCGAUGGAAUGAAUUGUGAUGAUUUUGUAUAUGUUGAAAAUGUGGUACAUGGCCACAUUUGUGCUGAGAAAACUCUCUCGACUAAAGAGGGUUCAAAGAUAAGUGGAGGCAAGGCUUACUUCAUAACUAAUAUGGAGCCUAUGAACUUGUGGGACUUUCUUUAUAUGCUUUUAGAAGAACUUGGAUAUAAAAGAAUGUGUGAAUUCAUUUUGCUUCGACCAUAUCUAAGACCUCAUACAUGGAGCAAGUUCUAUUGCUAUUGAAGAUGUAAAAUUUAUUUGACAUGGAUGAUAACCAAUGGUCGAUGGCAAUGAUGUCUACACAUAUAAGUUUGAUGUAUUUUUUUUACAAAUGGCUAAGUAUUGUAAUCUUGUUGGGAACAAUAUUGAUUCUUAUUGGAGAAUGGGCUUCCACUUGUUGCAGUCAACAUAAUUGUAAUAUAUAUCUGUGAGAUUUUUAUUGC